AUGUGGCUGUGCAUCGGCAUCUUCGCCUACGAUACGCUACAAUACCUCGCCUUUGAUCUCUCGAUCGUGUUGGGCAGACGUCCACGGAGAUGGCCGCAGCUGCCCUAUCUGCUCAGCAAGCUAUUCAUGUGGUCCUACCUGCUCUCCAACAUGAUCCUUGUCCUGACCAAUGCCGAGAUCGACUGCAAGGGUACGCUCUACGCGAUCGAAGCGCAGAUGGGCCUGAUCACCGUCUCGUCUUCUGUGCUUCUGGCGUUGCGUGCGGUUUGCGUCUACAGUGGAAAAGCGCAAACGGCCGUAUCGGCGCUGCUGAGCAUCAUGACGCUCGGCCUGCUCGCCGCCUGGAUGGAAGGGGUCACCGAUGUUCAAGCCACAUGGAUCCCCAAAGGCGGUAACCCCUGGCAGGAGGGCACCUGCUCCUUUACCACCAUGUCCAAGCAGUACGCGAUCAAGUACAUCGUCACCAUCGUGUUUGACUUUGUUGUUAUGGCGCUUACUGUUGUGGGCGUGGUUAGAAUGACCAGUGGUACGCGCAUUGGUGCGGUUCUCAUCAGGCAAGGCAUCCAGUACUUCCUAGCCACGUUCGUCAUCAACUCGCUCGUGGCUGGUUUGACACUGGCCAACCUCAACUCGGUCAUGUCGCUCAUUGGCGCCGUCCCGAGCGCUACGGUCUGCGUCAUGUGCUCGACACGACUCUACGUUCGCCUGGCGGAGGAGGUCAAGCCGAAACCGGACGGUAUCAGCUCAACCCGACUCAGCACCUCUCUCAGUGGAUCGGGUAUGGAAAAAGUUUCUCGCUUCUUCAAGCGCUCCAACCAGCUUCACGCUUCGCUUGCAAACAGUAUUAGCCACUCGUCGUCCAACGACGGAACCGUCGCCAAAUCGCACGGUGUCGACGUGCUAAGUUACGGCCUGCACAAUGGGGCGCACUCAUCGGCUGAUGUAAAGAGCUUCGACACCACCAACUCGCAUGAAGAUCUCGAGGCGCAGACGAGCAGUCGUGGCCAGAGCUUGGGCGCAACUGCCAUUAUCAACAUCAUCGAAGAGCACACCGUCACCCGAGAACCUAUGCCGGAACACUUGGCCGGUGUUCUCGCUCGUCACGAGUUCAACCAUGCCGGCAAGGUCGAGAACGCCGAAGCCCAAUUUCCGCAUCUGAGCAAGUCGUAG